GGUGCCACCAUUUUAACACCUGGACAGAUUGAAGAAAUUAGACAUCUCAAAAAUAAGGUCCUGGUGUACAUGAUAGUAAAUGAGUAUCAUAUUAAUAAAGAUUGUGUUCAUGAUAUAUGGAACGAUUCUGAGCGUUUACAGCAAAAUGGAAACCACUUUUUUGAGAAGCUUAGAAAAGCACAAUCUAUCUCUUCGGAGAAUGGUUCAGAAGUUUAUGCUAAACAACCUUGUGAAGUGUCUGAUGAGUCAACUCCAAAAGAAUCAUCUGAGGUUGUGGGGAACCCUCUGGGACCAUUACCUACUGAUAUGAAUAUGCAAGAAAAGCAAAAAAAGGAAAAGAAACUGUUAAAUCGAUUAUCAGCAUAUUUGGCUAGUAUAAAUGUGAAUCCAGUUGGUGCAACAAGAGAUAGAGCUUUUGAGCUUCAUAAUAUCCUUGCAAAUCAUGGACAAGCCAAUAUAGCUGGUAUUCAAAGACGUAUUAUGGCACAGAUAAAUACUAGCAAUAGUUUUAGAAAUCCUUCAAUAGCCCAUACCUAUGCUAAUACUCCUGCCAAUAAUGCUGUAACACGCAAUCUAGUGUUUGGUUCAUUAGCUCAAGGAGAUGAUUCUCUAGAAAUAUUUUAUUCAAAACUUAGAAAAUAUAGACAAAUACUUAAACUUGAUGAGGAGCAAAUUAAAGGUCAGUUUUUACGUGGCUUAUCUCCUGAUCUAGAGGAUGAUGCAGAACGUAUUGGAUUAGUUACUAAAAUAUCUCAGUCUAGUUAUAAGCCAUCAUCUAGAUCUCAUGAAAAAGAUAUUUACUCAAGCAAUACAGGUGUGAGUAGAAAUGAAAUCAUAGAUUUGAUAAAAACUACAAUGGCUUCCUUACAACCUCAAAUAGCUCAACAGAAUGCCGAUUUACAGUCUACCAUUAAAUCCUUUCAAGAGACUAUGUCUCGAGCGACUAAAACUCUAGAUAAUA